AUGAUCAAAAUUGGCCGAGCUCUCGGAAGACGCAAGAUUGUGUCUCGAAUGUGGAGGAUGAGGCAAGUGUCUGUUGCAACACAAUUGUCUCAUCCUCAUUGCAUGUCUACAAAACGGACACAAGUAGACAACCGUUUGUGCAAGGUCAGCACGGAAACAGAGACUCGACGAGUUGAGCCGAUGGAAGAAGAGCGUGUCAACGAGUGUCGGGUUGGCCGGCAACUGGUUGGCUCCGGUCGGUACAACACCGAGGCGUUGUGUUCCUUUCGGUCUGGGAAAGGUCGCGACGCUCGAGCCACGAAGCCUCAGCAACCGGCGGCCGAGCUGAAGCGAACGUGA